CAGGCGGCGCGCGCGCUCCGUUUGCUCCUGGUACCCAAACACAUUGUCAAACGCCGCCUGAUAACGCUCAUCAAUUACUAUAUUAACGGAUACUGGUGGGGGACAGUGACCGCUGAGCAUCUGCCUUCACACACGAUCCUUUUUUCAUCUGGAUGAUCUGAGAGGAGCGGGCUGUUGCCAUGACAACAGACGAGGCGGAGAGUCACCAGAAGAAGCCAAGGCCGCAGGAGGAAGCCGGCCAGGACGCCAGGCCACCCUCACCAGAGGAGGAGCAGCUCCGGCCUCGCAACCGCAACUCUGCCAGCCGCGGCCUCUCCCGCCUCUUCUCCUCCUUCCUGAAGAGGCGCUCACAGUGUGAGAGCGAGGGGGGGGAGAAGGAGGACAAGAAAGAAGAAGAAGAAGCUAAAGCCCCCAUCGCUGACCCUGAACCUGAACUGAGGACAGAGGGAGAGGUCGCCCUGGAUCAGCACUCAGUAAACAGUGCUGAGGCUCAGGCUGUCCAGGUAGAGAAGAAAGAAGCUGAGGCAGAGGAGGAGGAGGGUGGAAAGGACAAAGAAAACGAUAAGGAGAAAGGAGAGGAGGCUGCCCUGGAGAACGAGGAGGACAAAGACAGGGAGGAGGAGAAGGAGUCUGGUCCUGAAGGAGGCAGUAAGGGAGAGAACGAGGAGAAGACAACAGAGGAGGAGGCCAAAGCUCCCAGAGCUCCACGCCGACCCAAGACCAUGCAGAUCAAGAUCACUCUGCUCGAUGACGCUCUGUAUGAGUGUGAGCUGGACAAACAUGCCACAGGCCAGGAGCUGUUCAUGAAAGUGUGUGACCAUCUCAACCUGCUGGAGAAAGACUACUAUGGCCUUGUCAUCUGGGACACGCCUACCAUGAGGACUUGGAUGGACCUGGCCAAGGAGAUCCGCAGGCAGGUACAAGGUGCCAACUACAAUUUCACUUUCAAUGUGAAAUUCUAUCCACCGGACCCAGCCCAACUUUCUGAAGACAUAACAAGGUACUACCUGUGUCUCCAGCUGCGGAAGGACAUCCUGCAGGGUCGCCUUCCAUGCUCCUUCGUGACGCUGGCCCUUCUGGGCUCCUACGCGCUGCAGUCGGAGCUGGGCGAGUAUGACCCUGAGGUGCAUGGCAGUGAAUAUGCGAAGGAAAUGAAAAUGGCUCAGGGUCAGACCAAGGAGCUUGAGGACAAAAUGAUGGAGCUCCACCACACAUACAGGAUAAUGAGUCCAGCCCAGGCAGACCUGAUGUUCCUGGAGAAUGCCAAGAAACUGUCUAUGUACGGAGUGGACCUCCACCAGGCCAAGGAUCUGGAUGGAGUUGACAUCAUGUUGGGGGUUUGCUCCAGUGGUCUGAUGGUUUACAAAGACAAACUGAGGAUCAACCGUUUCCCUUGGCCCAAAGUCCUCAAAGUCUCAUACAAACGCAGCAGCUUCUUCAUCAAAAUAAGACCAUCAGAGGUGGAACAGUAUGAGAGUGCAAUUGGCUUCAAACUGCCCAAUUACAAGGCAGCCAAGAAACUGUGGAAAGUGUGUGUGGAGCAUCACACCUUCUUCAGGCUUACCUCCAGUGAGAUGGUCACCACCCCUAGGAAGUUCCUGGCACUGGGCUCUAAGUUUCGCUACAGUGGUCGGACUCAAGCUCAGACCAGACAGGCAAGCUCUCUGAUUGACAGACCAGCUCCUCUGUUCCAGCGUUCGUCCAGCAAGAGGAACUCGCGCAGCCUGGAUGGAGCCAUGGCGUCCACCCCCGACAACAAAUCCACUCGCCCGGUCAGCGCCCCUGUAAUGUCACCGGUGUCCCCGGGGGAGGCAUCCCCGUCUCCGCUGCUGCCCACCCUGCAUCGCUCUGUCCACCGCGAUGGCUACGCUCCUAAAAGUCACCGCUCUGCAGACCGGAAGGCAGAGAUGAAGAGGGAAAGUCAGUCAGCUGAGUAUACCAGGAGCCACAGCCCCAGACCAGAGUCCACUCCGGAGAUCAAGACAGUGGCCAGGAGAGAGCGGAGGCACUCCCCCUCUGUGACCACCGCCAAUGGAGAAAGAGAGAAAAAGAGCCAGCACUCUCCUCAGGACAAAACAAAGGCGGAGGUGGUGCGAGUGAGGAAGAAAAGAGCAAAGAAACUUGAGGGUGAAACUAUUUAUAUCAGACAUAGCAAUUUAAUGUUGGAGGACGUGGAUAAGACCCAGACUGGAAUCAUGCGUCAUCACACUAGCAUCAGUGAGCUGAAGAGGAGUUUCAUGGAGUCAGUGCCGGAGCCUCGUCCCAGUGAGUGGGACAAGCGUCUUUCCACCAACUCACCUUUCCGCACGGCGAGCUUCAAUGGCCAGCUCCCACCAGCGUCUCCUGUGCUAAAGACCCAGACAAUCAUCAUCUCAGAUGUCACCAACUCCCUGAGAGGAACCGUGACCUACAAGGACGUCCCCUUAGUUCACACUGAGACCAAGACCAUUACAUAUGAGUCAGCACAGGUGUCUCUCCCACAGCCGGUGGACAGCCUGGCAGAGAGGGACUCAGGGGUGCUGCUGAGUGCCCAAACCAUCACCUCCGAGACCAUCAGCACCACCACCACCACCCAAAUCACCAAGACGGUGAAAGGAGGGAUCUCUGAAACUCGCAUUGAGAAGAGAAUCGUCAUCACUGGAGACACUGAAAUUGAUCAUGACAAGGCUUUGGCUCAGGCCAUUAAAGAGGCAAAAGAGCAGCACCCAGAUAUGUCCGUUACCAAAGUGGUUGUGCACCAGGAAACAGAGAUCACCCCAGAGUAACACAGACUGAUCCUUUUGAAGACCCCUCAGCUGCCCCACUUCUCCCUCCUUUUGUGUGUUGCCAUCACACCAUUUUACCUCAGCACCCCCCAGCCAUUACACCCAAAUGCACUGCCUUUGCGACGUGAAUCACCGGACCACAGGAGAGGGAAUGAGCAUCAACUUUGAACUAUGAAAUUUUCCAUGAGCAUGGAGUUCAGCCUGAAGGAGACAGUCACCAGAACAUUCCCAAGAACCCCCCUGUAUUCCCCACAAUCCCCCUCUUGUUCCAGUUACUGCCAAAAGAACAACCACUGGACUCACAAAAAAGGGAAAUUUAAGAGAAAAAAAGAAAAUAAAGUACAUCACGAGUGGAAGUUUCUCUGGAGGUUUUAAGAAAAUUUUUCAAGCGCAUUUGGUGUUUUAAUCUUGAGAUAACUGGUACUUUAUUUUUCUACAGUUUUUUCUUACCAUCAGAAUUGGUUAUCAAUAACUUGGAAUUUAAGUGUUUUUUAACAAUGUAAUCAAGAAAGCAUCAACUGCGGGAUUGUGGGUGAUUUUUCUUGGGAUUGUAUACAAUGGGAGAUGAGGAUCCCUCUCAAAUUUUAGCACGGGUUUGGUGUCAUUUCUUGUACAGUAAAUAUUUAUUUUCCCUCUCAAUGUGAAAAUAAUAUUUUUUCAAUUCAUGUAUAAAAAAAAGAUUGAUUUUACCAAACCAAACCUUCACCUUAUUUAAAGUUAUGACUUGUUCAUUUGUUGAGUGAUUUUUAAAUCUUUGAUUGUUUUAGUUGUUCUUGUUGUUAUUGUUGUCGUGCUUGUGUCACUAGAACAGGGCUUUAUCAGGACCAAGGAGACAGCAGUGUAAUGAAAUGACCUUUUCUUUAUUUAUUCCCAACCCUAUCGUAUUUUUGUGUGUUUUGCAUUUUGAGAUAUACUCAGCACACUUGUAUGUAACCUCAAGAUUUUUUACUGAGAACAUUUUGGUCAUCACAUACAGUUAAUUACAUUCUACUAAUUGAUUUUAGCAUUUACAGUGUUUCUGCAUAUUUUUCCAUUUCUACUCCUCCACUAAAUGGGCAGUGUGCACUCAUCCAGGGAGAGGGAAGUCAAAUUUCAUAUCUGACCUGACAUUUUAUACAAUCAUGUAAUCAUGUAAUCAUGUAAAAUGGGAUGAUUUUAUACUGCUUUUAAAUGAAUAACAUAAUAGUACAUCAAAUACAAACAUUGAAUGAAAGGUUAGAAUAAAAUUGGUUAGCUGAUAGUUUUGUUUUUUGUUUUGUUUGAAUGUAUGAAGCUGCAGCAAGUUUCUGUUUCAACAUUUGAUUGACUUUAAUUAGAUUAUUCUGUUUACUAAAUGAAUUAUUUUACCGACUAAAAUGUUCUUGAAUUUCUAAUGAUGCAGCUUGAAAGCAUUCAGUAGUUGCACACUAAUUUAGAAAUUAAUUCAACAUUAGAGUGGAGGAUAAGAAUAACCCUACACCAUAAUAAUAUGACUCAUGGUUGUAAAAUUCCUUUAAUUGCCUCUCCUGAUAUGCACCAUCUAUUGUGGUCUGAAAAGGGUUUUUGCACUUUUUGCUCUGAAAAUGACUCAAUCAUUUUUAAAUUUAAUAUUCCCAUUAAAUAACCUCAGGAAUUAGCUCAGAGCUGAAAAUUUGAUACUCAUACCAAGUGUCUGUGACACAGAGUAUGGUUAAUAUUUUGCUGUAAAUGAGUGAAACAAAGUAAGUAUAAUCAAGGUUUGCAGGUCAUGCAGUCAACAUGAUGUCUGUACAAACAGCAGCAUAGCUACUGAUGUUGGGAAAACAUAUUUUGGAUGAGGAGGAACAGUUUCAAAUACUGCAAGAAAUUUAAGUCUUGGUGCACAAAAAAGUCAAGCAUAUGAUUUUAAACCAAUGAAGAUGUGUCACAUAGCUUAGAUCUGCAUACAAUGUUAAUUUCAGUGUGGAGUGGGAGAGAUAAGUUUCAUUUAUGGUAAAUAGAAGAAGACCCAGAGUAGAUCCUUGUGGGACACUAGUAUUAACCUCAAGCGCACCUUACUGAACUGCUGAGUUAUUCCUGAGAUGAUGUGAAAAACCAUUUAAUGGACAGUUCAUGUGAACCCAAAAUUAGUUUUCAGUUAAAUAUUAGUCAGCAGUGUAUAAUGCCUUAAAUUUAUUUCAUAAAGUCUCCUUUAUAUAGGGUUUGAUCAUCUUUAAACUAUUACUUUAAUCUGGAUAGUCUAAGAAUUGGCAUACUGCUUGUGUUAUUAUUAUAGUGUACCAAGACAAGAGGAGCAAAAUAACCUCCUGCUCAGUACACACUGCCCAUUCAGAUCAUAUUUAUUAUAGCACAUGCAAUUUACAUUUUGUCAAUUUUAUUUAUCAUCAUCCUUCUUUAGAACACAAUAUUUUGUACAGUCAUCCCAAAAUGUUUUCGUUAUUUUAUUGUGAUGUCAUCUUAAUUGUGGCACUCCCUUUUCUCAUUGGAAAUAAGCAAGCCAUCAUUUCUACGUUUCUUGAAUGUGAACCCUCAUUUUACCAUCACAGGAAGGCAUCUAAUAAAAGAGCACCACACACCACAAUAAAAAUAGAUGUACUUGAA